GAUGGUGAAACCGAAACGGAGUCCCUCACAUGCACUUGAUCACGCUACAUUGUAAUGCUAUAGUUCUUGGAAUGUUGCUCUAAAGUAGCCUAGGUUAUGUGAACAUGUAUCUGUUGUAGGCUACUGUAUCGAGCGGUAGGCUACCAAGUUAUUAACUUGGUUGUCAAAAAUGAAGUUGGUUAUGUCAGAAUAUGCUUCGACCUAAGUGAUGUUUUGCACAGGAUUCGCAUAGUGCCAUAACUAUUAUCAUUACACGUUACAAUGCGGAGCUGUCCUAAGUCUCUGUUCAAAAAGCUCUGUCCUUGCGGCUAAAUCAUUUUAAAAAGUAGCCUAGGCUACGGCGUUGGCUGAAUAGCAGAGAUGAGGAGGGCAUCUACCUUCCUUUCCAGAAUUGCAAGAAACCCCACCAUCACAAGAUGUAGGCCCAUCAACGGCGGUCCAGACAGUGGCGAGACCAUCUUUGCCUUGUCUUCGGGACAGGGCAAAUGUGGAGUGGCAGUGAUCCGGGUCAGUGGACCAGGCUCAUCCCUAGCACUCCGCAGUCUGACAGGUCCGAGGCAGAGUUUUCCAACCCCACGCAAAGCCCUGCUGCGGCACAUCAUACAUCCUCACUCUAAGGAGAUACUCGACCGUGGGCUGGUCUUGUGGUUCCCUGGUCCUUAUAGCUUUACAGGGGAAGACAGUGCAGAGUUCCACAUACAUGGGGGCCCGGCUGUGAUCAGCGGAGUCCUGGGGGCACUAGGGAGUCUGCCCAGUCUGCGCCCAGCGGAGGCAGGAGAAUUCACGAGGCGGGCCUUCCAUGCGGGCAAGCUGGACCUGACGGAGGUGGAGGGGCUAGGGGACCUGAUCCACGCCGAGACCGAGGCCCAGAGGAGGCAGGCCCUGAGGCAGAUGGCCGGAGACCUGGGGCGCCUGUACCACGACUGGAGCCAUCGCCUCACCCGGUGUUUGGCCCAUGUGGAAGCAUUCAUUGACUUCAGUGAGGAUGAGCUCAUUGAGGAUGGGGUCUUAAAUCAAGUGGACGAGUCCUUGUCUCAGCUGUUACGGGAGAUUGAGGAGCACCUGAGCGACGAGCGCAAAGGAGAACGCCUACGCAGUGGCGUGCAGGUGGUGAUCGCUGGGGCAACCAACGCAGGCAAGAGCAGCCUGCUCAACCUGCUGUGCCAGCGCCCUGCAGCCAUCGUGUCUCCGGUGGCCGGGACCACACGAGACGUUGUGGAGACGUGCGUGGACAUUGGCGGCUUUCCUGUCCUGCUCAGUGACACGGCGGGCUUAAGACACACUCUGGACAGUGUGGAGAAAGAGGGGGUGCGGCGGGCCAGGGAGAGGGUGCAGCAGGCCGACCUGGCGCUGGUGGUGGUGGACUCCUCGCUGCUGCCCCAGGAGCCCCGGAACAUGGCGGCCCACCUCAGCCAGCAGCUUGCCGAGGUUCUGUCUGGCCAGCAGGCCUCCCAGGCCUCCUGCCUCCUGGUGCUCAACAAGAGUGACCUCCUGUCGGAGGAGGAGCGCCGGAGCGUCCAGAGCGCCCUGAGGGAGAGCAGUGACCUGCCCCCCGCCUGCCUCCUGUCCUGCCACACCAACGGUGGGGUGAACGGGUUUUUGUCCGCCCUAAAGAACGCUGUGCAGAUUUUGUGCGGGGAUCCCCUGACCGGCGGGCCCAGCCUGACCCAGGCCCGACACCGUGCCCACCUCAUGGAAUGCGUGCGCUCCCUGGCCCAGUACCGCCAGUACCGGGACGUGGACCUGGCCCUGGCGGCCGAGGGCGUCCGCUUGGCCCUCACCGGCCUGGGCCGCAUCACUGGCAGGGUGGGGGCCGAGGAAAUUCUGGACAUCAUAUUCAGGGACUUCUGCAUCGGGAAGUGACCCAGUUGUUACAGCAGAGUUGAAAUAGUGGCUGUGUCUGUGUGUGUGUGUGUGUGUGUGUGUGUGUGUGUGUGUGUGUGUGUGUGUCUGUGUGUGUGUCUGUGUCUGUGUGUGUCUUUGUGUGUGUGUGGUAUGCACAUGUGUGUAUACUUCAUUUUUGUGAUGUUCAGUUUCGUUAUUAUUCGAGAUAAACCGGAAAUAAAAAAUACGAGAAACCAA